CCGAGGCGGGGCCGGGGAUCCCGCAGCCACCGCCCGCUCCCCCCGGCUCGGCGGCAGCGCCCGCAGCUCCCCGCCGAGCAACGUUUCAUUUCACCUUUUCUGGGAUGGAGAUUUCUUCCCACCAGUUUCACCUCUUGCAACAACUCAAUGAGCAGCGCAGGCAGGACUUGUUCUGUGACUGCAACAUCCUGGUGGAGGGCAAGGUCUUCAAAGCCCAUCGCAAUGUGCUGUUUGCCAGCAGUGGCUACUUCAAAAUGCUCCUCUCACAGAGCUCGAAGGAAACCAGUCAGUCCACGACAGCCACUUUCCAGGCCUUUUCUCCUGACACCUUCACAGUCAUCCUAGAUUUUGUGUAUUCAGGCAAACUGUCCCUCACUGGUCAGAAUGUGAUCGAAGUCAUGUCAGCUGCCAGCUAUCUGCAGAUGACAGAUGUGAUCAGCGUGUGUAAAACCUUCAUCAAGUCGUCGCUGGACAUCAGUGAGAAGGAGAAGGAUCGUUACUUCAGCCUGUCAGACAAAGAUGUGAGUUCCAACGGCGUGGAGCGCUCCUGUGUGUACAGCGGAGGGUGGAGGGCAGAGAGCAGCCCCCCACAUCCCCACUCCAGCCCUGACCCCGGGACUUGUAUGAUGGGCGGCAACGCUUGGAGCAAUUUCAACUAUUACCCCACCUCUCAAAGAAAUGCCCAACAGCAGCUGUCCAAACACGAGCAGAGGCAGGAUUCCAUCAAGAAAUCUCGGCACCUGGGGCUGCAGCAACCUUCUGACAUCCCUCACUAUAAAUCAAGCAAGCUGGAGGACAGAGCUGCCGAGCCCGCCGGCCACGCCGCGCCGGCCGAGGAACAAGUUCACAUCGACGCCGAGGUUGAAGCUCCUCACGUGGGCUUCCAGUUUGGCCAAGGGGCUGAGGUGAUGCCCAGGGGUUUGGCUGUGCCACAGCAGGAGCACGAGUCACCUCGCUCCUCCAGUAAAUCCAAGUCCUCCAAAGCUGAGGAGCAGUUUGGGAACAUGCCCUCCAUCCUGGGAGUCAUGGGGAACUGGGCUGAAGAUGACCUGGCCAGGAUGAGGUUCAAGUGCCCUUUCUGCAGCCACGUGGUGAAGAGAAAAGCCGACCUGAAGCGUCACCUGCGCUGCCACACGGGAGAGCGGCCGUACCCCUGCGAGGCCUGUGGGAAGAGAUUCAGCAGGCUGGAUCACCUCAGCAGCCAUUUCAGAACUAUCCACCAGGCCUGCAAACCCAUCUGCAGGAAAUGCAAGCGCCACGUGACCGAGCUGACGGGCCAGGUGGUGCAGGAGGGGACGCGGCGCUACAGACUCUGCAACGAGUGCCUGGCCGAGGCUGGCAUCGACAGCAUCCGCAUUGACUUGGAGGCUGAGGCACCUCUGGAGUUCCCACAGGAUGGGGACAAAGAUUCCAGGUGGCAUUAUGGAGAGGACAACAAAUCUGAUGUGGAAAUCGUGGAGGACGGCUCGAGCGAUUUGGUGAUCCAACAGGUGGAUGAUAGCGAGGAUGAAGCGGAGGAGAAGGAAGUGAAACCAAAUAUUAGGUAGUUGGAAAUGAAGGAUUUGGGAAUUCAGGAAGAGGGAGAAUGUACUGUGAGCAAAUGUCCUGUGCCAGCUGAUCCUACAGAGACAUGUGGUUGGACAGGUCCAGACUUGCAUGUGGUUAUGGACACGUCGCUGGUUUGGUAGCAGAACUUCCCCCCCAUGUGUUGUUUUGGUUUUAAAAAAAAAUCCAUUCUGAAAUUCUGGAUAAACAAGGAAACUGCAGUACUAUGUGGAUGAUUUUUAUAGCAGGCAAUGGGGAAUGUCUCAAAGCCUCUUGCAAAGGAAAUGACAUCAGAUUGCUUUUUAAAAGUCACAGAUUGUUGUAAAUUGUCCAUUUUUUACACUUGUAGAGAGGUGGGGUGAUAAACAAUGUGUGAAGACCCCCCACACCAGACAGCCUCUCUUGAAUGGUCAGAAGUGAAAAGAAUCUUCCAUGAAAUGUCAUUAAAUCUUCAUGUUGUGAUAAGGAAAAAGGCAGCUAAUUAAGCAAGAGGAUUUAAAAUGUUUUGGCACUUUUGUCUGGAAAAGAAAUUCUGUAAAAUGUUUUAGGAUGGGGUGAAUCUUUAGUAGAUCACAUGUUCAAGACUUACUUCUUUAAAAGAAAAUAAGCACAUAAAUGCUUAACACAUUGAAAUUAAAAAUUUGGAUCAUUAAUUGGUGCCAGUAGAUAUUUUAGUCCCAAAAUUAGAAUCUCAAACUGGGCUGUUUUAAUAAGCACUAUUAAAAUACUCUUUAAAAAAAAAAAUAUUUUGACACCUCUCAAAAGUGCCCAGACAUGGUGGGAUUGUUGGGGUGCAGGACCAGGAGUUGGAUAAUCCUUGUGCAGUUUUUUUAAACUGUACCAGUGGAAGUUCUGGACACCACAUUUGUGUCAUUUCACCCACAGUCAGGCUACAGAGAUGAAGCAAUGAUGAAGAAAUUUUAUUUCUAUUUGGUUUUGUUGCUUAGAGAGUUUCUCUUACCCAGGAGAUGCUCCUGGGCUCCUGCUGCUCUGCAUUCCUUGGACAGAUCUGAGGGGUUUUCCAAUUCUUGGGAUGAUGGGACUCAAUGGCUGUAGACUUAGAAAAUUCUCUAUAUUUUUUUUUUCUUUUUUACAGCUUUGUAAGCAUGUUUGGCUGAACCCCUGUUUCUUACACAACAAUCCCAUAUAUAUAUAUAUAUAUAUAUAUACAUAUCUAUGCUAUAUAAUCUUUCCCAGGGACAGUUCAAAAGUCACUAUUUUAUUUUUAGUGGUGUAAAAACUGUAUAACUUUCUUGUAUCCUCAUGACCAGACAGUGCAGCAUUUUCAUUCCAGGCUGCAGGUGACCAACAAAUGACAACUUGAGAACUUCAUGCUAAAUUCAGUGUGAGCAUUAAGCACCCUCCUCUCCAUGGGAAGCAUCCCAAGGACACAAGAAAUGCUGUUUUAUUGUUGCUACAAAAAUUAUAAUUUAUUGGUUUAGGUUUGGGGAGGGGGUGACUUAAAAAUCUUUGUGGUGACCCAGGUGAAAAUAUCUUAAACAAGACUUUAUGGGACACUUGGUCAGCAGCAAAAAAAAAAAAAUGGACUUGAUGUAAAAACAGACAUUUAAUUUCUUGGAGCUUUCCAACUCCUAAAAUUCCUGCUAUGAAAUGGCUGAGAAAUAUUCCUGAGCAACCUGGAUGAAAUCAAAUACACAGAACAAGAAAUAUUUUAAGGAAUAUGGAGUAACUUUGCUCAAAUUUUCAUAGCUGUUCCCCCUUUCCCUUUCCAUUAAACAGUUUGACAACAAA